CAAUCCUGUUUUUGUUUGUUUUAAAAAAUAUAAUGUCGACGGUCAGUCUAUUUUAUAUAGGAGUUUUGUGAGAAUUACUGUGGUUGUUGCCUCGUUCUAAACUUUUCAUAUUCUAAUGUGUGAUAUCAAUUUCAUUGUCCUCUUGAUAAUGUACGGUUACAACUUCAAUUUAUUUGUCAGUUUAAGUAGUAAAUGUAUAUUAUAACUAUAAAAUAUGUAAUUUUUGAGACUAUAUGUUAUAAUGACGCACCAAUUAAUUUUAAGCCAGUUUAAAACAUGCUGUAUCUUAUCUUUAAUUUGAUGAAUUUUGUUAGUGAAAACUAACAUUUGUCUUGUACGUGUAUGGCUAUUUGCUGUUUUUUAAUCGAGCUAAUUUAAUUUGAUUAAUUUUGGCGCGGAGAUGUACACCGGUUCAGUGUUUAUUUUACAUACGGGAAGUUUCCGUCCUCACAGUGUUCAUUUGUAAACCGGGGCUGAAGCAGAGCAGACGGUUAUGAAAGUUAAAGAAAGACUUUACGUUACAAUCCUGUUAUUUUUGAUAUUAUAAAUAAUGACAGUCAAAAAGGACUCCUUUGUGAUUUUUAGUAUGUUUGAAAGUUCCGCUUCCGAGUCUGUAGUAAGUUACGUGUAUAACGGUAAAACUGAUUAAAAAGUAAUUAAAAAGGUAUAAUUCCAAAGCACUAUUUGUGAGUGUGGGUAAAUUGGCCAUUUUCUUGCACAUGUGGAGGUACAAUAGUAAUGCUUCUAGUCAGGGUAAUCGAAAUCUUGAAAUUUAAGGAACAUUAACCAUAAUUUAACCUUUUUGAAAUGCCAGCUUUGAGGUAAUUAAAGUCACGUGUAAAUGUAAUGUGUGUCAACAUACAAGUAAUUCAGUAGCUCGUCAAAGCAGCAUACCACAACCUUUUAGUGUAUAUGCCUUGUUUCUAAUGUUUAUUUUUGUUUUAAAGCAAGUAAUCGAAGUGACCGACAGAAUGCUGUUUAAAGUGCAGUACCAACAUCAUAAAAAGUACAUAAAGCAUAAUGGAUCAGCAUAUGAUGACUUGAUUAAGGAUGUCAAGCAAAAAUUUGGGAUCUCUCCAGAUCAUAACAUCUAUUUAGCCGACGAGACUGGAACAGAAGUAGAUGAAGAUGUUUUUGCAGACAUUAUUGAGCAAAAGCCUGACACUCUUUGGACGAUAGUUGAUGCUGUGGCUAUUACAGAUCCUCCUGCCAACAUAACCUCUCCAUCUGCAAACGAGACUGAAACGCUGUCACUUCAUUCAGUUGCAUCUUCAUCAGACACACAGCCAUCAGACAGCGACGGUCUUUCCUCUCACCUAAAAGAGCUCGUUCUGUUGACCAUUCACAAGAAGCUAAGGAGCUUGUGAAAAGUGUUUUAGAAAAAAAGCCUGCAGGAGAGAAGAUAUUUCAGGAAUACAGAAAAACAGGGAAAAUCACAGAUUCCACAAGACGAAUUCUUGUUAAUGCACUGGUUGGAGACAUGAUUGAUAAACAUGGGUGUAUUCCACCUAAGGAGGUCAGGGUUAAAUAUGCAGUUGGGAUUGUGACACUGUUCCCCUCCCUCAAGGAUCCUUAUUCUAGACAAGGCUAUGAACACUUCUACGAUGCAGAAGGUAAUUCGGGGUACAUAGCCUGGAGACUUAAAACGGUUCAACGUAACAACCGCUGCAGCAGGACCACUACUUCAGAGGCCACUUGUGAAAGAAGGGGACCUGGAACUCAAAGAGCAUUUUUUACAUCAGAAAUGCAGCUGGAGGGAGAUCGUUGUCAAGAAGCUAUUUCAUUUCUGAAACACUGUUUGGAUCCAGAGCAAGUGGCUGCAAAGAUGAAAUCUACCUUUCAGUAUCGCCAGAAAAUGAUCCAUGAUCCUGAAAAGUCAUCCUCUGUUAUUUCUUUAUUUCCGAGGUUUCUUGACACAAAAGGACUGGUGCUGCAAGACUUUGAGUUAUUGUUUGGAGUGGAGACUGCAUCUAAGCUUCUGGAGAAGUGGGACUCUUGUCUGAAACAAAAAGUCAUUCAAGAAGCCAAAGCCCUGACCCAGUCACUGCAUCUGAGUUGUCUGAUUCAGUCGGCAGAACUGCAAUGCAACACCAGUCAUGGAGCUACAGAUUGGGACAGUGAGAUGUCGUCCCUCUUAUUGCUGGUGUAUCUCCUACCACCACCUUCUAGUGGAAAUAAGAAGGUUGUCAAGAUCAGUGUGCGUGAAGCUGUAGACCGUGUAGUAAAAUUUCAUAAGUCCUGUUGCAGUUUUGAAGAAGUUCUUGGAUCAACACAGACAACACAGCCCUACAUCUUGGCAGUUGGGACUUCGAAGAGUAGCAUCCAUGAGUACUACAUUGUGUUGGAUGGGCAGCUCAUUCCCUGCAUGGCUAAGUCCUCUCUCUCAGCCUUUGAUGAACUUUUCAAAACUCAUUAUGUGUUUGGCAUUUCAUAUGAUGCUGCUUUGCACAAUAUGUUUACCUUUCUUCAAACAACCAUCUACAACAUUGAUGUAGGCAUUACCCAUGAAAGCCCUCGAAUCGGAGAUCUUCGGGCCAAGGUUCUUAAUUAAGUACUGUUGCAAAGUUUUCUUGAGAAGAUGUUUAGGUGCUUUUAAAAAAAAAUUAAUUUUUUUUUUUUUUUUUUAAAGUAUUAAAAAUUUCAAAAAUAUUACUAAGUCAUUAGCUCUAAAACAUCAGAUGUCUAUUGCAUACCACUGGGAAUCUCAGCCAUUUAAGUGUAUUGAGUGUGGACCUGUAUCAAGCGUUCAGCUUUGUAGCCUGUUAAACUGUGAAUUGAUUGCAGAAAAACUGCAAAUCGACAUUGAUUGUUAUGUUGAUCUUUUUACUUGGAUUUCUUGUUUUGGGACAGAAUACCGUUCAGGUCUUCUUGUUUGUUCAGAUAUGAAAGAUGAUCUUCCUGUCUUCAGUAAGAUUACUGAUAUAAUUGGAUUUGAUGGUCAACAUUUUUUGUUGACUUGUGAUUUUGAGACUUUAUGCUUUGUUGAACAUCUACACUCAUUUCAAGUCCAAGAGGGGCUUUGUAGGAAUGUCUCUAUUUUGAAUGUGGAAACCUUGCGUUUCUUUAAGCCGUUUGACCUUCAAACAUCUUAUGGAUUUCAGCAAAAUGACCUUUAUAUUGUUCCUAUACAUGUUUUUAUAUAAAGGCCUUCAUUUUAGACAGUGCUUUUGUGCUCCGGUCUUGUUUGGAUGUACCUUUUUAAGUAAAGUUGUAGACCUUCACAAAUCUUAAUCCCUCUACAGUUUUAUAUAUGUUGAAAAUGUGAAAUUGCACACAAAACAUGGACAGUCAUAUAAAAUGAAUUAACUUUAAUGCUUUGUUGAACUAAUGUGUUUGUUCCCAGUAUUUAGUAAACAUGCUGUACUGAAUGUAUUUGUGAAAACCAGUUACAAACUGAUUCUUGGAAAAAAAUAAAUAUUGAUUGUUUUAAAAA